UAAACUACGAUUGACUUCAGAGUUGCCGAGAGUCUGCUACUUGUCGAUGAACAGUUAGUUUUCGCGAACAACAUUCUGCUUUGUGAGGAUUUAUUUUUUGUUCCGAGAUUUUCAUUACUUUUACGACGAUUUAAGGCAUUAUUCUGAUACUUUUCUGACUACUAUGCUUCUAAACUGCCAAGCAGCCGUCCAGGGACGAGGGCAGUGUGGUGAGUUCAGGGGCUAGCUGGCCAACUGUACCACCUGCAAAGGGUGGCGGCUGCCCGGGCUGCUGGGAUGCUACGGAAGAGCAGCAGCAGCAGCAGCACCAGCACCAGCAGUAUUGGUGGAGGCACUGGGACAAAACAUGUCCAGGAGCUUCCACGGCCUGCCUUCCAACCACAAGAAUCUCUGUCGCCCAGAUCCACCAAGACCUUGACUAUGGGCCGGAGCACCAAGAACCCCAACCCUCUUAGUACCAUGGGGCUUCCAUCCCGCCUCAUGGGGGCCCCAGGUGUGGAUGCUGAGUAUGUUUUGCAGCUGGUGAAUGAUGUAAGGUGGUUUGCUGAUGUGCUUCUGAACCUAAAGGAUGCUUUCCAACAUAAAGACAACGUGGAGGGUCUUCAGGAGGUGGUACAGGAGCGCCUGGCAGAGCUACUCCGUGUCCUCAAGACUGUUAUCGGCAAACAUCGGACCCUCAACUCAGCCGACAUUCUGGGAGCUGCUGGCACAGUCAUCGCUAAGGUCAAAGGCAUUAACUUCAAGGAAGUAAAUCCAGAAAACAAACAGGCUAUAUUCAGCGAGAUACACACAUCCAUUGACACUUUGGCAUUCACAUUCGGCAAUGUAGUUUCUGACUUCCUUAUGGGAGAUGUGGACAGUAGCUCAGGGUUGGGGGUCCCCCAGACCAGGAGGAGCAAGACCUCUUCUUCACAGUCUUUUGACAACCUCUCUGUGGAUCCUCAGGGUUACGUUCCAGGCAACAGGGAUCUUGUUGGCCCAGAGGUGCCGCUGUCAAGAGAGGAAGAAGUUGACUUGACUCUGCAGAAGAAUGACAGUGGGGUUGAGUCCGCUCUACUCUAUGCAAAGGCCUUGUCAAAGUACAUUAAAGACCUUCUGGGGUGUAUGGAGAAACGGCUCGCGAUGGAUACUGAAUAUGCCAAAAGCUAUGCCAAGAUGGCUGAGUCUGCAAAGACGCUCGCCAGUCAGCAGGACUACAUGCCAUUCAGUGACAUCUACGUCUCCUCGUUCAAGAAUGAGAUUGAAUACAACCAGCUGCUUAUUCAGACUGCAGUGGCUCUGCAAACCAAUAAAUUCAUACAGCCCCUUCUGGCUCGCAAGAAUGAACUGGAUAAGUUGAGAAAGGAUAUUAAGGAGCAGUGGCAGAGAGAGCAAAAGAAAAUGCAAGAGGUUGACACAACCUUGCGUAAGGCACGAGCUUUGAACGAUCAGAGGAAAGAGGAGUACAGAAGAGCCCAGUCGUCUACAAACCGCUCCCAGGAGGAGCAGUCUAACACUGGCAACAAACAGCUGGAGAAGAAGAGGAAGCUUGAAGAAGAGGCUAUGCAAAAGGCUGAGGAAGCCCAGUACCAUUUCCAAAGCUGUAGGGCUGACGCAGGCAUCAGACGGAUGGAUCUAGCAAAUGCCAAAAGUACAAUCCUCACACAGAUUCGAGAGAUGAUCUUCCAGUGUGACCUCACACUCAAAGCUGUGUCAGUGAACUGGUUUCAGAUGCAGCACAUGCAAACUGUGUCCCUCCCAGCCCACUACCAGGCCCUGAAUGAGAGUGCCAAGUUGUAUGAACCAGGUGGAUGCUUUGCUAACUUCGUUCGGAACCUGCCAAAAAAUCUGCCUAAGGAGCAUCUUCAGCCAGACGCCUUUUCUGAAAAUUUCAGGUCUGGGUUUAGCAAAAGGUCACAAGGCAGCACCCAUUCCUCCCAUGGCAACUUGUCGCAGGGCUCCAUCACUUCCAGUGAUGUUUUGUGCGGAGAUGAUGUAGACCAUCCCCUUUACCGGCCUGCAAGGAUCAGUGAGCGAAGGUCCAACAGCAGCACAGACAUCCCAGCGCUGAGGAGUCAGGUACCGCCAAGAACCUGGGCCUCCAGCAGUCAGGGCAGCCAGAGCGGGAUGUGCAGCGACUCGGAGAGUGCUGGGGGCAGCAGCGAGUCUAGGUCCAUGGACUCCCCCACCACUAGCCCAGGUAACUUCAAGCGGCGACUGCCCAGAACUCCAUCCACUGGGACCAUGUCCUCAGCCGAUGAUCUGGAUGAGAGGGAGCCUUUUUCACCCUUUGACAACGGUCUGGUGGAAAUGGUGACAGAGACAUUAGGUUCUCCUGGGCCGUUCCGAAAUACUCAGAUGUCAAAAGCUGCUCAAACGCAUAAGCUAAGAAAACUCCGAGCCCCAUCUAAGUGCAGAGAGUGUGACGGCCUGGUUGUUUUCCACGGAGCCGAAUGUGAAGAGUGUUCCUUGGCAUGCCAUAAAAAAUGUCUGGAGACACUCCCGAUCCAGUGUGGUCACAAAAAGCUGCAAGGCAGACUGCAGCUGUUUGGUAUCGACUUUGCCCAAGCAGCAAAAAACUGUGCAGAUGGGAUUCCCUUCAUAAUCAAAAAGUGCACCGCAGAAAUCGAAAGCCGAGCCCUCAACAUCAAGGGCAUUUAUCGGGUGAAUGGUGCCAAAUCCCGAGUUGAGAAGCUCUGUCAGGCGUUUGAAAACGGGAAGGACUUGGUUGAACUGUCUGAACUCUCACCUCAUGACAUCAGCAAUGUCCUGAAACUCUACUUGAGACAGUUGCCAGAACCAUUGAUCCAGUAUCGAUUCUACAAUGACCUCAUUGGCUUGGCUAAAGAAUGUCAAAGAGCGAUAGCAGAGGAAGCUGAUAAACCUCUGAGCGCUCAGAAGGGAGAGAAAGGUGUGCCAAGUGUCCAGAUGAGCAGAAUUAUUUUGAGGAUUAAGGAUCUGCUGUGCCAGCUACCCACAGCCAACUACAGGUCUCUGCGUCACCUUAUCGCUCAUCUGAACAGAGUGAGUAAGCAGGCUGACGAGAACAAGAUGACAACAAGUAACCUGGGUAUUAUCUUCGGACCCACUCUGGUAAAACCAAGACAGAUAGAUGCAGAGGUCUCCCUCUCCUCUCUGGUAGAUUACCCCUGCCAGGCACUGAUGGUGGAGAUACUGGUGCGACACUUUCAUAUGAUCUUCGAUCCACCUAUUCCCUCUGGUUCCGAAAUCACCACCACCAGUGCACAAUCAUCUCCCAGACUGACCCCACAAGAAAAGGUGCGCCAGCUCAGCAGACACUCCACCUCCUUAACAGACAUCAAGGAGAGUGCCAGAGUAUACAAAAGAUACUCCUCAGUAAUCCCAUCCUCCCACAUCCUGGAUGAGGUGCAUGAGGUCCAAUCUGGAAAAGACAGAUCCGACUGUUCAUCCGCAGAGAAGCUCAACGGGCUGCAGACUUCAAGUGGACGUGAGGCCCAGAGGUCAACCUUGGUGCUUAACCGACCUAGCUCCACUGUCUCAUACACCAACACGUUGCCAACAAAGGUUCAGCUGCGUAACCAGGCCGUUCGACCCGUUUCACGACCAAUCAGCAUGCCGCUGGAACGCCUGCCCACACCGGCUCAGAUUCUUGAGAGGAAUAACCGGAACAGAACGGAUGUCGUCGAUGGAAGCUCUGCUCAUAGGGACACAGAGACCAUACAGGAGACUCCGGAGCCUGAGAGGGCUCGCCAGAGCGGCUCAUCCAGAAUAAGCACCUAUUACAUUACACCAUUUAUUGACACACAGACCAUGCAGAGGAGGACAUGGGAUAAGAAGUACAAGCACUAUGAUAUGACAUCCAGAACUGCUAUGAUAGUGGCCAAUCUGCCCCCCACCAGCUCUGGGUUGCAGCCUGUCAAGGCCACGCUGCCCAUCACAGUCAGUGCAGCUGCGACUGCAGCUUCUGUGGUUCCUUCUACCAGUAGCGUGAGCACCAUAUUCUCCAGCUGCCCCAGCACACUUUCAGUGAAGUCUGUGUGGAGCUCUAAAAGGGAAAAAGAUACAGAAUCUUCAGUCAGUGGGUCCGGCAGCUCACCAAACGUUUCAUUAACACUCAGGGCUCCACGGACUCUUCAGCCCCCUCCUGGAACCUUCUACAUCCCCCCAGUUUCCAGUAACAGCAGAACGAGGACAAGCUGGACUACAACCACAUCCACCACCUCAUCACUCACUUCCACCAACAGUUGCCCAGCAGCCUCUCUUUCCCCAAGCCUCACAACCCCACUACAGACACUUCACCAGACACAGGACUCCACAGACAGCGCCAUUGAUCCCGGGGUCUCGACCUCCACUACCGUUUCACCCCCCCAGUCCCCCACUCCAAGCAGCUCUAAUGACCUCUGCUCUGCUGAGACUAAAACCAUCUACCAAAGACUCCAGCGGUUGCAGGAGAACGAACACAGAGAGGCUCAUUUUGUCUGAAACCAAAUGAACAAAAAAGCAUAUUUGUAAAUAUUGAUGUAUCUGUGCAUCAAGCAGUAAAUGGGAGAAAGUUUAGGCAAGUAAAAAUCAACCAUGAAAGUGUUAAAAGUACUAAUAUAUUCCUUUUUACAUGUUAAAGACAUAGUGCCAAUAGAAGUUAGUCAAAGUAAGCAGAACAAAUUUGUAACGUCUGGUGCCAACAUCAGUGUUUACUGUUUAACAACAGUAUAUUUGUCAACAAAAUCAAUUUUCUUCUGUUAAAAACUGUAAGCAGUUUUUUUGUUCAGUGUUUAAUCUGUGGAAAAGUGACACUUUACAUGUACACUUUGUACUUCCAGGCUUAAACGCCCUAUGUCCCUGCUUUUAAAUUUAAAUAUCCAUUUUAUUUCACAAGGGGAUAAUUGAAAUAUUAUUAAUAUAAUUAAUUAAAUCCAAAUAUGUCCUGUGUAGCCUAUGAUUGGUACAUUGUUUCUCAGUAUGUAAGCCUUGUUUAUAUAUUCAUACAAACAUACUCAAUGUUGUCACGAUAAUUUUGUUUCAUGGCAUCAUUUUAUUAUAAAGAAGAGGAACGACAUGCAGCAGUUCUUGCUGCAAAUUAAAACAAGUGUUUUUAAACUUA